AACUAGUUUUGAAGCUUGAGCAGUCUCGAGGUGCUUCGAGCAAGGGUAGUUUCGGAGUAUCAACCACUGCGAGUGGUUGACUAAGUGUUGUCAGUUUGCGCCUUUUUUGCUACGUAAUUGCAGGUUGUUUAUCGAUAUUCAAGUUUGGUGUGCGUUUUUAAGUACGUGAGCGUAUCAGUGAGAACAACUGGAGGCAAAGAGGAAGUGAUGAUUGAUGACUUAUGAUGAAUAGAGAUGUUUCUAUAUAAAUAGUUAAAAACGUCAUCGGAGUAUCAAAAGAUCUCAUUGACGAACAACGUAGGCGUUUUUUUACCUUUGCCUAAGGGCUUUGGUGUUAUCAAGGGGUAGUUAUGUCAAAGAUGAGACCAUGUCGGACGGUGCUCCAAGAAGCAACCGUUGGAGUACUCAUUCCCGGUGGGGAACUAAUAUUUGUACAUCAGCGGUGGGGUUUUCAGUGUAACUGAACGUCAGAACGACACAAUACUAGUAGAUAGAAAGAAUAAAGUGAGGAAAUAAAGACGGAGAUAUAGAGUAUAUGAGGGAUGGAGAACGGCAGGAGUUGGCACAUUGCGGCCCUGCAUCUCACCACAACCACGAUGACCACCAUUGCGGUUAUGACAUAUGUUCAUGCCACUAUGGGAGCCGCAAGUUCUUCAUCUAGGAGCACUUUACCACCUUCAACUAACACGGCGAUUUCUCGAGGGAGCCUCGGGCCUUUCGACAUUCGAAGGUCGGAAGUGGAAAAAGCUUUAGAUAUUAUUGAAGCUGCAUCAACUAACUCAUUAGGCGAAGAUUGUGCAACAACUGCUGGUUAUAAAUCUUUACCUGCUGGCGCAGCUUUAGAUCCACGACGUUUUGAUGUUGCGAGACAGAAGAUUGAUAUGGCAGCUAUGAUGUUACGGAAUAUUGGAUUAGAUAGUCAUUCUCCAGGACUCCUGGAAGCAGUAGCAAAAUCACUCUUGUCUUCAGUUAACAAUGCAGUAGCAACGAGAGUCGUUGUUCUGAAUGCCUCAACGGAUAUUGUGAUCACGGAAACCUGGUUAAAACGCACUCCGGGUAGUGUGGGUGAGCCAAUAAAACUCGAGAGCGACACCCUGCGCGUGGGAUAUCGACCGCAUCCAGAACUCCCUUGGUUCGAAAAUGCUGAAGGCUCUAGUUCCCAAUUGAGGUCUCCAAAAUUCAUCCAAUCGGCACCAGUUGAAUCUUACAUGGGUUGGUGGACUCUUCCAUAUUUAUCUUGCAAGACUCAACAGUGGCUUAUGUCGUAUAGUGUUUACGUGAGACAGUCUGACUCUAAAAAUGGCGUUCGAGAUUUCCUGAGUGUAGAUAUCGACAUCAGUGGAUUAGAAGUUAACCAGUGUGAUACUCCAGCAUCCUUGAAACCCACUGAAGAGUAUCAAAAGCUUCUAGAUAAUCAAAUAGCAUCAUUUAGAGGUUCCCACAAGUGCCACGACGAUACCACGCAAUGCGAAUACAGAGGACCAUCAAGCCAUAAAAAUGCUGAGAUCAGCAUGUCAACUGUAGCUCCCGGAUGGGUAAAAGGUGCGUACGUAUGCAGAUGUCGGGAUGGUUUUUACAGUCUUGAUACUAGAACUACUACUGGUGAAGAGCCUGCAGCUUUUGAUGGUGUACUUGUCGAAGCUGUGUGGAAAGAAUCGCAGUUAAAUAAAAGUAAUUUAUAUAAUCAAAUGUUCAAAUGUACUCGAUGUGCUCCUGGAUGUAUUACUUGUAAGGGUCCUGAACCUUGUUUAGCAGCAUACAAUUGGCCAUUCAGAAUUACUUUGCUAACAUUCUCCAUAUUUUGCUCUUUUUGCGCCGUCCUUCUCAUACUCUACGUUUAUAAGCACCGGAAGCUCAAAGUAUUUAAAGUGGCUUCGCCAAUUUUUUUGUCCAUUACACUUCUUGGAUGUGCUAUAAUGUAUCUUGAGAUGGCAGCGAUAUUUCCAGUUCUAGAUUUAUACUCUUGUAUUGCAACUAAAUGGACAAGACAUCUUGGAUUCUGUAUUUCAUAUACGGCUUUACUUAUGAAAACUUGGAGAGUCUCAUUAACGUACCGCGUUAAAAGUGCUCAUAAAGUGAAGCUUACCGACAAGCAGUUACUUCAAUGGAUGGUGCCUAUUUUACUGGUUAUGCUUAUAUACUUAAGUACUUGGACCCUUAGUGCACCACCUGACGCUCACGUCAUUGCUGAUAGCCAAGGCCUUGAGUUUUAUCAGUGUGAUUAUAAUUGGUGGGAUCAUAGCCUUGCCAUUGGUGAAAUUUUGUUUCUUGCUUGGGGUAUUCGAGUUUGUUACAACGUUAGGAAUGCUGAGAGUCUCUUUAAUGAAGCUCGUUUGAUCAGUUAUGCUAUUUACAAUAUCGCAGUUGUAAAUACAACGAUGAUUGCAAUUCAUCUCUUUAUAUUUCCACAUGCUGGACCAGAUAUGAAAUAUACAUUGGGUUUUUUGCGGACCCAAUUAUCAACUUCAGUCACUGUAUUCUUGGUUUUUGGUCCUAAGGUCUUGCGAGUUUUACGAGGCCAAGGAGACCAGUGGGAUAGCCGUGCUCGUGCACGCGGUAUCACAGCAAGUUUUUCUCUCAAUGGUAUACGUGGCCUUGUUGCUGAAGAGACAACUGAUUUGUAUCAGGAAAAUGAAGAACUCAAGGAAGAAAUUCAAAAACUUGCUGCACAAAUAGAAUUCAUGAAAAUUGUACAUAUGGAGAUGCAUAAUCGUCAUAUUAAACCAAAAAUGGGCGGUUAUUUCAGCACCCAUGGUCACAAUUGGGGUGCUCAGAGUCCAAAUGCUAAAACUUCCUCAGCUAGCUUUAUCCUAAAGACCGUUGUUGAACGUGGUGCUACAGCAGCAGCUGCAGCAGCAGUAGAAGACUCGACGUUUCCGUCAGGAAGUUUACAUCGUGCUCGAAGAAUGGAACUUUUAAGAGAAAGAAAAGCUGCGCGAGAACGAGAAAGAGAAAAUCAAGAAGCAAAUAGACAAACCACGAGUAAAAGUGAAGGAGUUUCUGCAAGUACGAGUGAAGGAGAACGUGUUUGACUAGUGAUCAAUAGUGAAGAAGUGUGGCUUUGACAACAAAGAAAAAUAAAACAGGAGAUGAAACAAAAUCACUUACACAGACAGAAUUAUUUUCUACAUUUUUUGAACAUUUCAACAAAAUGUUUUGUACAUCUGACCUGCAAGCAUUUGCUUGCAUUACAAAACUAUGCCAUAUUUUUAUCAUAAUGAUACAAUAAUUCACACAACUUCUUAUUUAUAUAACAUUAAAACUUUACAAUAAAUGAAACAUAAACUAUAAAAUCAAAAUACUAAAGAAUAAAAUAAAC